AUGCAAAAUGACAAUGGAGCAGUAACUUCUGAACCAUUUCUUCGACAAAGUGCAGAAUCAAAUGCAAUCUAUAGUUACUUGAUACAAGCAAGUCGAGAAGUAGAUGCGCAGACUCCCAUUGAGGAAGAAUUAAAAAAAGCCGAAUCUGAUGACAUAUCAGGGUGGAAACGAGUCAUCGAUGUGUUUAAAUGGACAGCUAAAGUGUGCUACAUUCUUUGCCCACCGGUACCAAAUCUGAUCAUACGAAAAGCUGCUUUCCAUCCACCAAAACAUUGUCAUUACUAUUUUUUAAUCGGUGACGAGGACGGUAAGCGACAAAAAUUUUUAGAUGCAAAAAGUGCUCAAGGAAGUAGUAAUCUAUCUCUCUGUUUACCACAUUUAUUAUUGCCAAAGUUUAAAAAUUCUGAUGUUGCUGAUCAGUUAUUACGAAUUGAGGUUCGAACUACUACAAAAGUACAUUUAGUAACAUCAGCUAAUGGUGAUAAUCUUGUUGCUCUGUAUGCUCGAUGUGAAAAAUCAUACCAGCGUAAGAAAGUGGCACCUUACGUUUUGCUCUUUGCGCAGCCAAACAGUUCUGACGUUGAUAUAGCAGAUUUUCUGCAAUGUGAUUUAAUGACCUUUGAUUACAGUGGCUUCGGGCUGAGUACGGGAACUCCAACAGAAAAAAAUGUUUAUGACAAUAUGGAAGCUGUUUAUAAAUAUUUAAUUGAAGAAUUGAGAGCACAUCCAGAUGAAAUAGUCCUUCUUGGCUUCAGCAUGGGAACUGCAGUCGCAAUUAACUUGGCAUCUUCACACAAGGUUGCUGGUAUGGUGCUCAUUGCUCCCUUCACAUCUCUAUUACGAAUUUUUAGACGUAAUCCUGAUAGUGAUCGGACUUGCUGUUUAGAUCAAUUUGUCAGCAUAGAUAAAGUAUCAAAUGUAAGCUGUCGCACGUUAAUUUGUCACGGAAUGAAUGACGUGAUUGUUUCUAUAAAUCAUAGUGCCGUGUUGCAAAGUCGACUUCCGAAUGCAACAAGACCAUUUUAUCUCGACAAAGCUACGCAUCAAGGUAUAUAUUGUGAGCGUAAAAUGUGGGAUCGCGUACAACAGUUCUUGUUUUACGAACUUGAUGGAAACAAAAAAUGGAAUGAGCCAGCUAAAACGAGGCGAACUUUCACUCAUUAUCAACGCUAA